GCAACGCCAUGCGUUCGUUAACUCCGGCAACGCCAUGCGUGCCUAACAAUAUACAGGUGCCUAGUUAAGGAAACAUGCAGAUGAAAAAAAAGGAGAGGUGAGCUCGAUGCAAACCUUCCUCGAAUCAACGAAAGCUCACGCAAUGGUAUGCUCAAUUCACUCUCCUUGGAGUUUCUUGCUCCCAAAGUCCCACUCCCAUCCCAUCUCGCUUGCCGAGUGCCGAGCAGGGGCAGAUUGGCAGCUGGUGAAGGCCCACAUGUCACAUCGUGCGGGCACGGUGGCCGCCGCCGCCACCCACGCAAACUGAUGAUUACUCCGCUCGAUGCACGAACCGGAGCAGGGCACAUUGGAUCCCCCGUCUGCCCGAACCCCAAGUCCAACCAACCAUGAAUAGCACAGCACACUCCUAUAAAGAAAGCUCGUUAGCACGGCGACCGAUAAAGAAAGAACUCGCUGCGCCCACGCGCCCGCGCCCGCGCUCACUCCGCCACUCGGACAGUGCUCAGCGCGGCUCGGUCGCACAGACACGAACCCGGAACCCCCCUGCUCCCUGUCCUCCUCCUCUGCCUGCUGCGCGUGCAGCCGUGCACCCAUGCGGAUGCGGAUGCGGCGGCUACGACCCAGCUAGCCCCAGGCCGGGGCUGCGCCCGAGGCGGCGAUGAAGCGGCCGCUGCGGCGCUCCUUCGCGGUGCUCAUCUUCGUCGUGCUCGUCGGCGCGGCCUCCUUCUCCACCGCGCUCCGUCGCGCCGUGGCGCCGGCGCCCGCGUGGGAGCCGCCGCCGCCGCGCCUCAACGCCACGCUGCUCCGCCUGGCCGCAGCCGAUCCCUCGGAGGCGUCGCUGCGGCGGGACGUGGACGAGCUCCUCGAGGGCCGCCUCCCGGCCUCCGCCGCGCGGGCCCGCGCGUGGCGUCACGACCGGCUCCUGCACCCGCUCCACCUCCACCGCCACCACGGCCUCUCGCUCCCGCGCCGCGGCCGCCGCCCAGACGACGACCACGACACCCUGCUCCACCCGCUCCCGCGCCACGAGCAGCUCCACAUCGACCCGGCCCUCCGCCGCGACCUCAGCUCCUGGCACCGCCUCCGCCGCUACGACCCCUCCGUCCUCGGCAGCCUCGCGUCCCUGCUCUCCAUCCCCGGGCGCAUCCCCUCCUGCGCCGUCGUCGGCAACAGCGGCAUCCUCCUGCGCGCCAGCCACGGCGACUUCAUCGACUCCCACGCCGCCGUCUUCCGCCUCAACAACGCCCGCGUCUCAGGCUACGCCGCGCACGUCGGCAGCAAGACCAACUUCUCCUUCAUCAACAGCAACAUCCUCCACCUCUGCGCGCGCCGGCCCGGCUGCUUCUGCCACCCCUACGGCCACGGCGUCCCCAUCCUGCUCUACAUCUGCCAGGCCGCCCAUUUCCUCGACGUCGCCGCCUGCAACGCCACCUCGUCCACCCGCCACGGCUCCCCCAUCUCCGUCACCGACGCCCGCCUCGACGUCCUCUGCGCGCGCAUCGUCAAGUACUACUCCCUCCGCCGAUUCGUCGCCGAGACCGGCCGCGCGCCCGAGGAGUGGGACCGCGCGCACGACGCCGCCAUGUUCCAUUACUCGUCCGGGAUGCAGGCCAUCAUGGUCGCGGUGGGAGUGUGUGACAGAGUCAGCGUGUUCGGCUUCGGCAAGUCUUCCGACGCCAAGCACCAUUACCACAGCAACCAAAAGGCGGAGCUGGACCUCCACGACUACGAAGCGGAGUACGCUUUCUACCACGACCUCUCCGAGCAUCCGCAGGUUGUCCCGUUCCUCAACGAUUCCGGGUUCGCCGUCCCGCCCGUCGUCUUCUACCGUUAGGCCAGGCCAGCUUUGUAGAGCGUGCGCUAUGUGCUCGACGUUAUGUGGGAACGGGUGUUUUGUACACUUAUUUUUCCGGUUUUGGUUAGUGAGUACGAUGUAAAAGUUAGAAUUUCCAUUUCCAAUUGUGAUUAUACGAAAUAGGCAUAUCGAAAUAGUAAAAUUUUCGUGUGCUGUUGGAGGUGGAAGAUGUAUAUUGGGGUUUAGGCUACUCCAUUGGUAUAGAAGAAGGGAUUGUUUGGAUUUUUUUUCUUUCAGCGCGACAGACAGUAGUAGCCAGUGUCUGGAAUUGUGUCUGGAAUUGUAACUUUAGACUGAUAUUUAAAUUUAUUAAGGAACAAAAUGUAUAUCUUAUAUACAGCUUUACCAUCACUUUGGAGCUA